AUGACCGCCAGACGGUCAGCCACAAACCUGCAGCCCUUGCCGCAUGACACGCGCAUCGAUGGCAGGUACUCUUUCUUGGCACAGGCCAUCCAGCUGAAUGUCAUGUUGUUCAUGUUCAAUGUCUUCUUCCCGAUGCUUCGCGUUGGCAUCCUCGGGGGGACGGCCUUCGUCAACGCGGAGUCCGAGGAGCUUGUCAAGGCCAUAGCGUUUGAGCUGGAUCAGCGCUUCGAAGACGAGAGCCUUCUUUACCUCACCUGCGGCCAGCAGGGCAUUCAGGAGGUCUUCGCCCGAAAUUGCGGCAAUGGAUCCCAGAUCAGGAAUCUUCUGGUCGCGGGCUCUGUCUGCCAAUUCCGGGCCGGGCAGGACCUGAUUGCUGCGCGGGACACGGAUGCUGUGAAGCAUCUCUUCUUAGAGGUCGGCGACGUUUAUCUCGCUGUUGAGGGCGGACCGGGCGUGGCCCAGGACGCCCGGCGCAUCCUCGCUCGAGGGGGCGCAGUGCUGCCGCUGAAGCGAACAGGCGGCGCCUGCGCCGGGAAGUUCGACUUCCCUGAAAAGGCGCUCAGUCGGCCAGACUGGGCCACGGAGGAGCAGUGGCAGCAUGUCUGCCGCAGCACACCACCCAAGGAUGCGGCCGUUGCGGUGGCUUCCAUUCUGGAAAAACUGCUCGAGGUGAAGGGCCGGACGUCCGCGGCAGCUUCGACCCUCGAGAUCGAUUCGGUUGCCAGCGACCUUAUUAGCUGGGCUGACUCGGCUUCCUUUGCCUCGACGAGGGGUAGGAGCUGGAAGUGUUCUGCGGCGGUGCUUGCCAUCCUUCUCAUAGUGCUAAUAGUGGCUGCUGGCUUUUGCUACUACCUGAUGCAGCAGCAACAAGUGACGACGACCCCAGGGCCAAAAGUGCUCAUGAUAGUGUGA